UGCUAAUCACUCCAUGUAUGACUAGUAAACAUUAAUUAAGUGAGCUCAUUCCUACAAAAGGCCAGAGCUAGAAGCUCAACAAUCUAACACUAACAAAAUGUCUAUUCUUCUCUGUUUCUUGUUUUUGGCAUUUGGGAAUCUCUCAAAUGCCUCAAGAAAUGGUGGUCUCGCAAUGUAUGAGAUCAAGAAAGGCGAUUUCUCUCUCAAGGUCACCAACUACGGUGCAAGAAUCGCCUCUCUUGUUCUUCCCGACAAACAUGGAAAGUUGGGUGACAUUGUUCUGGGCUAUGAUACUGCUGAAGAAUUUAAGAAUGAUACCGGUCACUUUGGAGCCGUUGUGGGAAGAGUAGCUAACCGCAUUGCUGGUGCUAAAUUUACUCUAAAUGGGACCGUAUACAAGCUUGAAGCGAAUGAGGGGAAGAACAUGCUCCAUGGUGGGUCGAAAGGGUUCAGCCAAGUCGUGUGGAAGGUGAAGAAGCACGUUAAGUAUGGCCGAUCUCCUUACAUUACACUAACAUAUCACAGCGUUGAUGGAGAAGAAGGUUUCCCCGGUUCUGUUCUGGCCUCGGUAACCUAUGCUCUAGUGGCCCCUUACACGCUGGUUGUGAAAAUGAAGGCGAAAGCUCUAAACAAGGCUACCCCGAUAAACCUAGCCCAGCACGCCUACUGGAACCUCGGUAACCACAACAGUGGGAGCAUCCUCUCUGACUCGCUGCAGAUAUUUGCGUCCCACAUCACACCAGUCGACCAGGGGCUCAUCCCAACGGGAGAAAUCACCUCAGUGAAGAAGACUCCUUACGAUUUCCUCAAGCCCCGUGUGAUAAAAGGCCCCAUCAAGGACCUCCCCAAAGGGUCAAGGGGGUACGACAUCAACUAUGUGGUGGACGACUACAAGGGGCUGAAGAUGAAGCCGGUGGCAGUGGUCUACAACAAGAAGUCGGGGAGAGUGAUGAAGGUGUCAGCCAAUGCCCCGGGCGUGCAGCUGUACACAGGCAACUUCAUCGACAACGUGAAGGGGAAGGGUGGGUUCAUAUACCAGUCUCAUGCGGCCUUGUGUUUGGAGACUCAAGGGUUCCCAGACUCUGUGAAUCAUCCUAAUUUUCCUUCACAGAUUGUGAAUCCUGGGCAGAUUUAUGAUCAUCGUAUGGUGUUUGUGUUUACCACAAAGAAAUGAUGAGGCUAUGUUUGUUUGUUGUAAUAAAAGUGGAGGGAUGCAGCAUUAGUCUCUUUCUCCAUUUCCUGCAUUAUAACAUUAAUGAAUGUUCUUAAGAUAUUUGAAUAUUCAA